CUGCCUCAGUUUUCCUGUCACUAUGUGGAAUAUUGACAGCGCCGAUUCGACUUCCUCCUUUUUCAAACGCGUAUUUUCCAAAAAAACUUUCGGGAACUUCCUUGUUCUCUUCCUAUAAGAACAAGGAAGGUGUACUUCCCGUGACCACACCUCUUGAGACCGUCUCUUCCAUAAAGCAGCUGCACAGUCAAAGGCGUCUGUGUACGGAGCCAUGGCCCAAACAGUGAACAUCGUUUCAAGGCAGCAGUGGGGAGCAGCUGCCCCGAAACAAAAGGAGACUUUGAAGAAGGCUGCCCAGAAAGUCGUCAUACACCACACCGCUCUCCCAAGUUGCAAAGACCAGAAAGAGUGUAUGAGCCGCCUUGUCAGCAUUCAGAGAGGGCAUAUGAACGACAGAGGCUUCGAUGACAUCGGAUAUAAUUUUCUCGUCGGAGGAGACGGUACAGUGUAUGAGGGCCGCGGCUGGGGUGUGGUAGGGGCACAUGCCAAAGGCAACAAUCAUGAGUCACUAGGGAUUGCCUUCAUGGGCAAUUUCACAAAUGACACGCCAAGUGCAGAGGCAAUGACGUCAGUCAAACAGCUGAUGCAAUCCGGAGUUUGUCAGGGCUUUUUAAACUCUGGGUUUUCCGUGUUUGGUCACAAAGAUCUGGGAAGCGCAGAUACAGAAUGUCCAGGAGGAAAACUGCAUGCUGCGCUCCCACAGCUGAGGGGUACCCCAUAAAGCUCACUGCAGGAUAUGAUGGUAUAGAUGAAAAAAAUGUUCCCUAGCUUCAAUCGCACAUAAACCUUUACUAGCUCUUUGUUAAUCUCAGAUGUGGAAUAAACAGGUGGCAGGAUGAAAAAUAACUUUAUAUAUUAAACACUAACCCUCCCAUCACUUUUUUUCUUUUGACAUUUUUUUUUUAUCGUGGCUGUCCUCUGAACUAAGGGAAGGUCUGUCGGCCUUUUUCUUACAGCAGAGGGAGCCAUCACAUGGGAUGAGACCAAUAAGCUUUAGUGCAAAAUGCCUCAAAAUCAAUGCAAUUUAAUUCAUAUGUUGGAAAAUUGUCACAUUAGCUCUUACUUUUAAUUUGUUGUGCUACAUUUUAGUUGCCUAAGGAUAUAUUAAAUAAAGCAAUAUUAAUAGGGUGGGCUAUACAUUUUACUUAUGAAUACUUUGAUAUUGUUAUUAGUGGGCUGUGGUUUAAGAUAAACAUUCACAUGGAUUUAACUUGUUCUAAUGUUAUGCUGCAGGUCUUUUGGAAAUAAAUACCAUCUAAUCAGCAA